AUGGGGUCGUUGGAGCUUCCAACGCGCGCGCUCGGCGCGCAGCGGCCAGGCACGAAUGCAAAGCUGGCUCUUUUCACCCCCGCCAAUUACCACGUGCCACGUAGCAAAACACCGCCGGCUGGCGGCGGAUCCGCGCCCACAUUCCCCCUCCUCGGCGGCCUCUCUUAUUUCCUCCCGCAUAGCCUUGUGUUCCGCGCGAUCGCCGCUGUGCUGCUCGUGAUCCUCGCCAUUCCAGGAAAUGAAGACGCGGGAGAGAAGGCAGAUGAGGGUAACGGUGGUGGUGUGGUUGCGAUGUCGCCCUGUUUCCUCCACUCCUCCUGUGCCUGCCUGCUAGACUGCGACAAACACCACCUACCACACCCCGCCACGUGUCUAGACUCAGCACUGGCAGCAGCAGCACCGGGGGGACGGAUAGCGGGAUGGGAGUGGUACAGGGUGACCGCCAGCGGGUCAGGCGAGGAGACGGGGAGGGAGAGGGUGGGGGAGGGGGAGUUGGACGGAGGGGAGCACUUGAGACCACCUGGGGAAUGCCCUGAGCGGUGCUCUGGUGUUGGCACCUGCUACUCUGAUGGCUGCAGGUGCCCCUGGUUCCGCACAGGGAAGGCGUGUGAGGCGGUGGCAAAGGGCGUGGGGUGUGUGAACGCGUGCAGUGGGCGGGGGGAGUGCAUGGAGGGCACGUGCCGCUGCCAGUACUGGACGAACCUCCUCUUUCCCCCGUUCCGCUGGGCACACCACAUCCCUCCUCCUUCCCUCGCGCGCAUAGCCGCCUCCCGUCCGCUCAUCUACGUCUACGACCUCCCCUCGUCCUCCACCACCUGGCCCCUGCGCCUCUCCUCUCGCUCGCCUCACUUGGAGCCUCUGCUCUUCCUCGAACGCCUGCUAAACAGCGGGCACCGCUCUGCAACCCCUGAUACCGCAGACUUGUUCUACGUGCCGCUCUUAUUCCGCAAUGACAAAGCACUCGAUGCCAACCUCCUGACAUCCACUAUCACCUACAUACGCACCACAUGGCCCUACUGGGGCCGCCGCAACGGCUCAGACCACAUCUUCCUCCUCCCCCCGCCCCUCUCUCGCCGCGAACUCGAGGAUUCUGGUUCCACUGAAGAACCCCUCCUCUCACGUAGUAUCAUACUCUCCACGUGCGGUUACACCCGCUCGCUCACUCCCCCCACGUCCCGCGGUCAAGGGGAGGCCAAGGAACAGCAGGAUCCAGCGUUAUCGGUGUCAUCGCCACUGCCGCUGCUGCCGUGCUUUCAGCGGGGGCGGGAUGUGGUUAUACCGCCUCUGCUGCGGUUGAAGGAUUAUCAUGCGAUUCCAUUCUUGGCGGAGUUACAGAGAGCGGAGUCCAGUGCUGCCAAUGUCUCCCCAGCCGACAGCAGCAACGGCAGUAGUGACAGCAUUGACAUGCAAUCGGUAUCGCCCCCUCGCCCGACAGUUCUCUUUGCACGGUUUGCUGCUUCAGACCCGCAGCAGUAUCGCACGGCACGGUUUUCCUCUGUGAGGAACCAAUUUUUGGAGCUCUUUGAAUCGCGAACAGCAGAGCUCAAGUGGCAAAUAGAGGUGCAAGAAUCAGCCAAGGUGCGGGUAUCCGACUUGCUCAACGCUACCUUCUGCCUCACCACGGCCGCUCAGGGGCGGCAUUCGUCGUCUGUUGCGAGCGUCCUAGCCGGGUGCAUCCCCGUGGUGGUCGGAUCCCACACUCUCCUCCCCCUCGACCACCCUCACGGGCUCAACUGGACCGCUUUCUCCCUCCGCGUCCCUCUUGCACAACUCCCGGAUCUCCCGACCCUUAUCUCCUCCCUCUCCCCACAAGCCGUUGCUGCGAUGCAGCGGGAGUUGCGUGAGGCGUGGCCGAAGCUGGUGUGGGCGAGCUCUCAGUUCAACCCGCUGCCCCGGGGCCUGGCUGUGUCCCGGGCGUUUCACAGAGCGGGGCUGUUGCUGGCUGAUGGGGAUGUGUUUAGUUCCGUGAUGCACGUUCUGAGAGGGAGGAUGGAGGGGGAAGGGGGAGAGGAGAGGGGAGGGGAUGGGGGGGAGGAGGGGGGAGAGGAGGGAGGAGAGGAGUGGGGAGAGGAGGAGGGAGAGGAAGUUGAGGAGGACGGGGAAGAGGAAGGGGCAGGAGGGGGGGAAGUUGGGGAAGAGAUUAAGGGAGAUGGGGUAGAAGGUGCUGAUGGUGCUGCUGAUGACGUUUCUGCUGGUGCUGGUGAUGCUGAUGGUGCUGCUGCUGCUGCUGCUGCUGCUGCUGCUGCUGCUGCUGCUGCUGCUGCUGCUGCUGCUGCUGCUGCUGCUGCUGCUGCUGCUGCUGCUGCUGCUGCUGAUGGUGCCAGUCCUUUAGAACCCCCCCAAGACUCAGACGCUCUUCCCCCUCUUGGCUUCACUACAGACGGGGCAGUGGAGGCAACUCAAAGCGCAGAGACCGAGCAAGAGCGCCAGGCACGCAUCAAAGCAGCGCAGGCAUACGGCGGGCCAGGCCCGGACCUCUCCCGGCCUUCAAAAUGCCCCGAAGAAUGCACGGCAUUCGGCACAUGCAACGAGGAGCUAGGCCGCUGUGACUGCCCCCCCGGAUUCACCGGGCCCACAUGUCAAGCCAUCGCCAUGCCGGAAUGCCACUUGGGGGAGAGUUUGGGGGAGAGCAACGGCACAGGGACGGGAUUCACAUAUGCUACCCCCUGCUCUGUGAUCAGCACUUGCGCCUGCGCUGCUGCCUGUGCGCGGUGGCGUUUGCUGGGGUUCUUUGAGUGCUUUGAGGGGAAUCGGCCGGACGGAACCCCUGAGACAAACCUCUCGGUGAUCUUCUCUGGGACGCGAUAUGCUGUGGCGCUCGAUGCGCAGUUUCAGGAUGUGGGGGCGGGGGUGGGGAAGGAUGGGAAGGGGCGGAGAGCGGUGGUGAGCGAUGGGCCCAGCCCGUGGGCUGGUCCGGAGGAGUGUGAGAGCAUGUGCUCGGGACGGGGAGUGUGUCGGAAGGAGUCCAAGGUGUGCGACUGUGCAUGGUAUGACAACGGGCGCGCAUGUGAGACGCGGGGGGACUUACCCUUUGACUGCUUCAACGGCUGCAGCGGGCGGGGCGAGUGCAGGCGCGGAGUGUGUGUGUGCCAGCGGGGGUACUUCGGCCUUGACUGCUCCAUGUUCAUCGACGCUCAAGGGACCACCAGGAUAAUGCGCUUGCAACCAUUCCUCUGGUCCACAGCCGUACCACCCCCCUCUCCCUCUCCCUCCCCCUCGCCCCUCCGCCCGCUCAUCUACGUCUACGACCUCCCGCCGCACUUCAACACGUGGCAGUUCGCCCAAACCCGCUACAUCGACUGGCGAGAGCAAGUCUUCUUUCUAGAGCGCCUCUUGCGCUCCCCCCACCGCACCCCAGACCCCGCACAUGCCGAUUUCUUCUACGUCCCGCUCAUGUUCCGCGCUCGGCUCAUGAAAGCAAACACCCUGGCGUGGGCUGUAUCCUAUCUGCGUUCCACGUGGCCGUUUUGGGACCGGAGCAACGGGUCGGACCACGUGUUUGUGACGAACGACGACUGGGGGAACUGUGACAUUUCGGUAUCAGGGGAGAGGGAUUUGUUUCUCGCAAACAGCAUCACGCUCACUCUCUGGGGCCUCACGCGGAAUAUGAACCUGGAGGAUGCACCCAACAGGUGCUUUGAACCGGGGCAGGAUGUGGCGAUUCCGCCCAUGAUGGUUCCUGAUGUGUACCGGUAUGUGGUGGAGGUGAAGGAGAUGAUGAAGAGGGAAAUGAGGAGGCGGGGGAAGCCGGGGGGGGGGGUGGAAGCAGGAGCGGCAGAAGGUACGGGAAAGGACACAGAAAUAGGAGCACAGGAGGAAGCAGAGGAAGAGAGGAACUCUUUAGAAGCCGUGCUCUCCGGCGCCAACCGCACCACCCUCCUCUACUUCAAAGGCUGGCCGGCAGACAAAGCCAAGCCGCACGGGCCGUACCACUGGAGCUUCGGCGUGCGGCAAGAGGUGUUCAAGCUGUUCGGAGGGCGGUUCAACGAGACGGGAGUGCUGUUGGAGAGCACAGAAGGGGUGCCGCAGGGGUACUUGGUGGAGAUGCAGCGGGCGGUGUUCUGCCUGGCGCCGUCUGGGUGGGGGUGGGCUAUGAGGACCACGCAGGCGCUCAUGCUGGGGUGCAUCCCCGUGAUCAUCCAGCCGCACGUGGUUCAGCCCUUUGAGGGCGACGGCACGGACUGGUCCCGGCUCGCGGUGCUCCUCACAAAGGCCGACAUCCCCCACCUGCCCCGCAUCCUCUCCUCCAUCCCCGAUUCUGAACGCCGCGCAAAGCGCCGCGCUAUGCUCGACCAGUGGGUCAAGUUCGUGUGGGCCAGCACCCAGCUGAACCCCUUUGAAUUCCUGCCGAAGGGGUUGCAGGAUGAGAUGGCGGUGCGGUUGGAGAAAGGAGAUGUGUUUGCCACGUGUGAGAGGGCGGGCGUUCCUCCCUUUCCGCUAUGCCUGGAUGAGAGUGAGGGGGGGGAGGGACGUGGGGGAGAAGGGGGAGAACAGGGUGGUGCAGAGGAGGGGGUGGGAAGAGGAGAGGGAGAGGGAAGUGCAGUUGGAGCAGAGGCAAAGGAGGAAGGGAGUCAGGGAGAGGAGGAAGCAGACGACCCUGCGUUGAGCCAACCUGCGUGGCAGCGGGCUGGGUGGCAGGGCUUGUCCUCUUUGCUGAAGAAACCCGUGGUGCGGAUGGCGACGGAUGGCGCGGGCGGCGAGACAGGAGCGCGUGAGAGAGUGGGAGAGGGAGUGGCAGGGCAGCAGAGCAACGGUGCUGGUGCUGCUGGUGCUGCUACUGCGUCGAACCCUUACCCUCUCUUGCAGUCGCUCCUGCUACCUUCUGAAUGCCCCGGAAACUGCUCUGGGUUGGGUGUGUGCCUCGCGAGCAAGCAGUGCAUGUGUCCACCCAUGCUCUCCGGCCCCUCAUGCGCCCGUCUGCCCUCUCUGCUGCCGUUCACGUGCCUCAACGAGUGCCACUCUCGGGGCGUGUGUGUGCAUGGCUUCUGCAUCUGCAACCCGGGGUAUUUCAGCAUCGACUGCUCGCUCUCCAAAGCAGGGCCCAUUGACCGCACGCGACCUUCAAGCUCCUCUCUUUCCUCGCAUUCCGUUUCUCUCCAAAACGGCACACCAAGAACCACCACCGCCACCUUCCUGAUCCCCUCUCUUCCCCCCACCCUUUCCCCACUGCCCACUACUCCCCCCCACCCCGCUCCCCUCAGUGUUGUGGCCGCACCCCCGUUCUCCUGGCCCGAAGACCUCUCUCUCACCACCCCCGCCCCUGCCUCCUCACCUCUCAUCUACAUCUACGACCUUCCCCCCCACGUUACCUCCUGGUCCCUGCUCCUCGGCACACCCCCCUCCUCUCCCUUACUCUCCCCCUUUUCCGCACCCUCUCAUUCUCCUGGCCCGAAGGCUGGUGAGGGGGGAGACGAUGGGGGGAGAGUGGGCGGAAGGGGAGGGGGAGAGGGCGGAGGGGAGUGGGAGGGGGGAGCGGAGGGGGUAGAGGCAGUGCUGUUUCUGGAGCGGUUAUUGAGGAGCCCCUACCGCACGGCAGACCCCUAUGCUGCUCAUUUCUUCCUCAUCCCAGUGCUCCCCUGGGCGGGAGAAGCAUCCAUCCUGCGAGCAGUGUACUACGUGAGGCGCCUCUGGCCCUUCUGGUCUAAUUCCAAUGGAGCCAAUCACCUUAUCCUCACCACCAUCACCACCGGCGCUCCUCCUCACAGCCCCCUCUGCUCGCUCACUCCGGACAAAUCCCGCCACCCGUUGCUCGCCCGCUGCUCGCUCCUGGCGAUUCCAGUGGCAGAUACUACCUUCCCCAGCUCUCCCCUCAUUCAAGUCUCGCCUGAAACUGACAGAAGUGCUGCUGCUGCCGCCAGCCCCACCAGCAGCAGCGGGAAUGAGUCAUCCUCACUUCCCUGCUUCCUGCCCAGUCAAGACAUUCUGCUGCCUCCUGCUCUUCCUCCCAUUGCCCUAACUCGCUCCCUCUUCACUCUCCGCCCCCCAGCCAAGCAACCCACUCGUGGCACCCUCCUGCUGUUCAGUGACUGGAGUGUGAGGGAAUGGACGGCUCCCCGCUUCCCCGCGCCCCUCCCACUCCGCCCCCUCCGUACAUUUCCUUCCCCCCGUCCUGCUCCUCUCCCCCUCCCCCUCCACCGCCCCCACCGUCCUCCCAUGGCGUACACGCGGUGCCUUUCGCUGCCCGUUAUAGCGGGCUUCGCUUUAAUCGCGUUCGUCGCGUACACCGCGAUCUUCCUCGUCGUGCAACCCUGGCUAGGACUAAUCACCGCCGCAGGUGUCCUUAACGUCGCCGCGUUUUGCGGCUGGACCACCAUGGUCGUCUUUUCCUACAUGCUCUCUAUUUUCCGCGAUCCGGGAUCGGUCCCCGCGCACUACGUUCCCGACGCGGAGGGCGACGCGGAGAUUAACGCGGAGGCGGGGAGAUUAACUCCGGUGCUGGUGGAGGUGAAGCGGAAGGGCGGCGAGGCGCGGUAUUGUCAGAAGUGCGGCGCGUACAAGCCGGCGCGCUGCCACCACUGCCGCAUCUGCAAGCGCUGCGUGCUGAGAAUGGACCACCACUGUGUGUGGAUCAACAACUGCGUGGGCCACGCCAACUACAAGGCCUUCUUCCUCUUUGUUCUCUAUGACGUUAUUGCCCUCACUCACACCGUGGCUCUUCUCAUUGCCUUCUUCAUUUCCUCCUGUCUACCACUGCUGAUCGCUCUGGUGGUGCUGCUCGUGUGGCACUGCUACCUCAUUGCCAUCAACAAAACCACCAUUGAGCACUAUGAGGGUGUGAGGGCGAGACUAGUGAGCCCAAGACCAGUGGUGCCAAGUCAACCACCCCCCUCCCACCCAUACGACCUUGGGAUUAUCGCCAAUCUUUCCGCAGUAAGCACUCCCUACCCUUCCCCCUCUGCUUCCUCCCACCCAUACGACCUUGGGAUUAUCGCCAAUCUCUCUACCAUAAGCUCUCCUAACCCUUCCCGGAGUAUUCUAGGGCCAGAGGCAUUGUGCUGGCUGUGUCCCAACGACACGCGCCACAUCUCAGACGGUCUGCACUUUGACACCGCCUACUCCAUCUCGCGCCGCUCCCAACUCUCUCUCAACCACCACCCCGGCCACCUUGACCAUGUAGACCGCCUAUUAUGA